AUGACACUCGAACAGCUUGAAGCCAACCAAGUCUCGAUGAGAACAGACAUUGACUCCAUGCAGGAAAAGAUGGAUCGCUUGCUUGAGACUAUGUUACUCUUGGCCCAGAAGGAAAAGGAUGCUGAGACUAACGCCGAAGCCAGGAAAGUUGCUGCCCAGUUUGGAUCACCAUCACUUAGCAUCCCUGGAGUAACUGAACUUGAUGGUAACCCUAAUCAGCCUAGAGGAGGACUGAUCCCUAUUCCAAUCUCAAUGGUCAAUGUAAACCCUCAGAAGCAUUCUGCUACAUCUGCUCGACAUGGAUCCAUGAUGGGUGAUAAGGAUCCGUAUGACGCCUUCUUCGUGCCACAACCAGCCAAAUCUGCUGUUGGAGAUCUCCCAGACCCAGCUGUUGAUAGACUCCAUGCUUUGGAGGAAAAGUUUAAGUCCUUUGAGGUUCACACUACUCCCGGUUUGGACGUUGUUGACAUGUGCCUGGUGCCAGGCCUCGUGAUUCCGCAGAAAUUCAAAGCCCCGGACUUCGACAAGUACAAAGGGAUUAGUUGCCCAAGAACACACCUCCGAGCCUACUGUCGUAAAAUGGCUGCCCACAUCACACCCAAUCGCACCCAGCUGCAAGACAUGACCCAACGCAAUAAUGAGUCAUUAAAGGAAUACGCCCAGCGGUGGAGAGAGCUCGCAGCUCGCGUCCAACCUCCUAUCCUUGACAAAGAACUAAUGGAUAUGUUUAUGGGAACCCUGUUCACCCAGUACAUGGAAAAGAUGGUAGGAUCCAGUUUCCCAACUUUUGCUGAGGUCGUCUCUGUGGGAGAACGAAUCGAGAGCCAGAUCAAGAAGGGAAAGCUACCUUGCGCUGCCAAUUCUUCAAGUGGGAUGAAGAAAACCUAUCCCAACCUCCCAAAGGAGCCAGAAGGUCAGACCAGCGCCAUAAUGAGAGGAGGAGGAUAUAGGGCACCUCCAUAUGCUCAUACGCCUUAUCACCAGACUGUCGCUGUCAUCCCAACACAAUAUCAACAGCCGUAUCAACAGUCGGCUUACCAACAAUAA